CGUUGGCAGCGCACAGUUGUCUGUUACAGAGGCAAGUCAGCGCCGCCGUAUUUGUAUAUAUUUUAUAAUGGACUUUUUAAACUAUUGUAUUGAUAAAAAAUGUUUAUAAAUGUAAUAUAAUUAACAAAACGAUUUAUUAUUUAAGUGCUUUGUGUCAGUGAAUGAAAUGAAAAUUAUGGUAUUUAUGCUUUUUGCGCUGGCUCUUAUGCAAGCGCCCCGGAUCACGUAUGGGGAAGACUUUGGGUACGAUGGAAACACAGGCCCGACGUUUUGGAGCGAGAGAUACAGGGAAUGCGCUGGAAAGCACCAAAGCCCCAUCAAUAUAAACGUGUUGCAUGUGAAACAAGUGACGCUGCCCGACAUCACCUUCAUCGGCUUCGACGACUCUAUUGAUAAUGUCCACGUCACCAACAAUGGACACACAGUUUUAAUCGAGGUACGAAACGAGCCGCAUCCGCGCGUCCGCGGCGGUCCUUUGGAAGGCGAUUACGUAUUCAGCCAAAUGCACUUUCACUGGGGAGACAACGACACCUUUGGAUCUGAAGAUAAAAUAAACCAUAGAAGCUUUCCGAUGGAGUUACACAUGGUUUUCUUUAAGGAAGAAUAUAAGUCUGUUUCGGAAGCAGUGAAGCAUCAAGAUGGUUUAACAGUUCUUGCGUUUUUCUAUGAGUUGGAUCGCCACUUUCAUCCAGCCUAUGACGACAUAACAUCCGCUCUAACCAACGUGACAGAACCAUACACUUCGGUCGUCAUGAGCCAUCCUUUUUCAUUCCUCAAUAUCCUUCCUUAUGAUUUGAAAAGAUACUUUACAUACAGAGGAUCGUUGACUACCCCUCCUUGUUCCGAAGUAGUCAUCUGGUUGGAUUUUGAGCAACCAAUACGACUCACUCAUGAACAGAUUGAAACAUUUCGAGAGUUGAAAUCAGCCCAUGGUAAAAUAACUCACAACUUCAGGCCCAUUCAACCCAUCGGAGACAGAGUUGUUUUCUACAAUAUAGAUAACAACUACUAUACCUACAACGAAAUUGAUUACGGCGAUGAGGACGACCCCAAGUCACCACGAAGGAAAAAAGGACAUAAUAGUGGGGAACGACUUCUUAGCAACUUUCAUUAUAUUGUAAUCAAUAGCUUAAUCCUAUUGUUUCUUUGGAAAUACGUGUAAUGUAAAUACUUAUAUUCUUUGAGUAGUGAGGCCUUCAAAAUGGCAUAUUAAUCUAUUAAAAUACUGAAUACUACAAUGCAUUACGCAAUAAGUACCUGUCAUAUACUAUUAAGUUAUAUUUUAUACAUAUAUUUUUUUAAAACUUAAUUAUCAUUUUAGCGCACUAACUGCUGUUACAUGUUUAAUAAGACAUUAAUAUUUUUUGCGCUCAGUAAUAAGUAAUAGAUAUUGUUUAAAUGUAUAAUAUUUUUAUAAGAAAAUAAUCUUACUUUUGAAGAAAUUGUAUUUACGCGAUAUGAUACAUCAUGCACGAUGUAAAAUGCUAUUAAAUUUUUAAAACACACCCAUGUUGUAAAUUAGGUAGAAAAGAAAACUCAAACGAGUUUAUAGGUGUUUAAUAAAUUAUUCUGGUAUUAAGUAGUUUAAUUACCAAAAUUUUUGAAUUAAUGACUAUGGUCUAAGCUUACUUAAAUUAUGAGCAAUUAAUUUUGACUUCAUGAUGGAUACGAAAAAUGUAAACAAUUCUAUAUUAUUAUCCUGUGAUAUUAAAAUAUUUAAAUUAA